UUCUAGCUGACCCAAUGUAUCUGGAACUCUUUUCCAGUGAUGAUUAUAGUCUUGUUUGAGCUUCCAGCCGACCCAGUGUAUCUGGAACUCUUUUCCAGUGAUGAUUAUAGUCUUGUUUGAGCUUCCAGCCAGCCCAUUGUGUCUACAGUUUACCUGGAGUUUACCUGGAGAGAGUUCCGGGGGUCUCUCGUUCCUCACACACUCCUCACAUCUACUCUGCCUUUUGCUGUUCUGUGACACUAAAAUAUCUCUGGAAGCAUCAGUAGUAGGCCGAGAGCUCCCAAAGCGAGCUUUCGAAAGCUCUACCACUUAGUGAAAAUUGGUAACGGCUUUGUGGAUUUAGAUUUUGCCAGCGAAGCUGCUGGUUCAUUGGGCACCUCAGCCAUCCUGUGGACGGUGACGCAAGAGCGUAUGGAUAUACAAGAGACCUAGGAACUAGGCCCUAAAAUGGUUAACAGGAGGACAUGUGGAUUUAUAAGCAGUAUCUGGCAAACGUGAGAUUCUUUUUAAAGUUGUUAUUCGACUGUGCAUUCUCAGGAAGUAUUAUAAUAAUUGAAUUUAUGACGAUAGAUAAUCCAUCUAUAUUUUGUGUUAAGCAUUACGAGGAUUAUAUUUGGCACAUCUGAACCUUGUCCUUUGGCCAGAUAUUAAAUAAGAUACAUAUGUAAACCUUGCUAGGUUGUGUAAGGAGUGCUGGACACAGAACCAUCAUCCUUCCAGUUGUAAGACCACAGCUGGGUCCAUUCACCCACAAACUGUGCAGAAGAUUUGUGUGGGUGUUGCUUCCAGCGUUGAAUGACCUACUUGUAUAUAGAAAUACCUGCAAGACGCGGGAUACGUGAUACAGUCAGAUCAAUGGUCUUAUUCCUGUUAAGGUAGUUGAGGAAGUGGAGCAGAGUAGCACCAUCGGGAUCACAACUGGCAAAGUAUUAGAGAAAGUAUAAUCAAAGUACCACCAUCAGUAACACAGCUGGCCCAGAGUACUAUCAUCGGGAACACAACUGGCAAGGAGUACCACCAUCAGGAACACAGCUGGCCCAGAGUACCACCAUCAGUAACACAGCUAGCCCCGAGUACCACCAUCAGGAACAGCUGGCCCAGAGUACCACCAUCAGGAACACAGCUGGCCCAGAGUACCACCAUCAGGAACACAGCUGGCCCAGAGUACCAACAUCAGGAACAUAGCUGGCCCAGAGUACCACCAUCGGGAACACAACUGGCAAGGAGUACCACCAUCAGGAACACAGCUGGCCCAGAGUAUCACCAUCAGGAACACAGCUGGCCCAGAGUAUCACCAUCAGGAACACAGCUGGCCCAGAGUACCACAAUCAGGAACACAGCUGGCCCAGAGUACCACCAUCAAGAACACAGCUGGCCCAGAGUACCACCAACAGGAACACAGCUGGCCCAGAGUACCACCAUCAGGAACAUAGCUGGCCCAGAGUACCACCAUCAGGAACACAGCUGGCCCAGAGUACCACCAUCAGGAACACAGCUGGCCCAGAGUACCACCAUCAGGAACACAGCUGGCCCAGAGUAUCACCAUCAGGAACACAGCUGGCCCAGAGUACCACCAUCAGGAACAUAGCUGGCCCAGAGUACCACCAUCGGGAACACAGCUGGUCCAGAGUACCACCAUCAGGAACACAGCUGGCACAAACUACCACCAUCAGGAACACAGCAGGCCCAGAGUACCACCAUCAGGAACACAGCAGGCCCAGAGUGCCACCAUCAGGAACACAGCUGGCCCAGAGUACCACCAUCAGGAACACAGCUGGCCAGGUUUUACAGGAAAUAUAACCAGAGUACCACCACCAGGAACACAGCUGGCCCAGUGUACCACCAUCAGGAACACAGCUGGCCAGGUUUUACAGGAAAUAUAACCAGAGUACCACCACCAGGAACACAGCUGGCCCAGAGUACCACCAUCAGGAACACAGCUGGCCAGGUUUUACAGGAAAUAUAACCAGAGUACCACCAUCAGGAACACAGCUGGCCCAGAGUACCACCAUCAGGAACACAGCAGGCCCAGAGUACCACCAUCAGGAGCCAUGGAUGAGGUGCUGCUCCACAAGAUCUACAGAACAAGACGAAGAAUCAAUAGACAGAUGGAGAAACAACGUCACCUUCUGACCCAAGCUGCUGGGCACUUCCAGGACUACACUACCCACGGGGGCGCUGCCCAUGCGGAGGGUAUGGGUGUUUCAGAGGGCCUUACACACCUUCACUGGCACUUGAAGGAAGGGGCGUGCCCAGCUGAACAACCUACUUGCUCUGCCUUCGGGAAUGGGCAUGAAAAUGAACUUAGAGCUGGGUUAGACCCUAUUAUGAUAUACCCAAUUCACCAUCACCAGCCUGGUCCAAUGCCUGGUGUGCGACCUCCCAUGGGUGGUGCAGGGGGGAUCAUCCCCCCUCCCCAGGGUAAGGGGUCCGGGGCCAUGGGCAUCAUCAUGCCCCUCUACACUGUGGGCAUCGUCGUUUUCUUCGUCUACACCAUAAUGAAGGUGUUGUUCAAAAAAGGUCAAGACGACGACAGGACCCCCAAGCUGAAAGACUUUGGUUUGGACCCCGAGUACCGAAAGUACGUAUUUGCCGAGGAGUACCUGGAUAACGCUGAUGUGUCUUCCAAGGAUCAGUUUCGACACCAACAGCGAGAUGAAUCGCGGUCGAGGAGGAAGUACCAGCACGACCAACAGGCUGAAGCUAAAAUUGGAGGCAAAGGAAAAAAGUCUCAAAACAAGAUGGACACAAAAGGCAAGAAACUGGGUGAGUGGUACCUGCCAGAGGGAUUUUGGAAUCUGACUGAUGAUGAGUCUGAAGAUGAAGCUAUAGAUAGAUUAAUUGGUGGAACUACGGUUAAAGCCUCAGCCUGCGAGACGUACCGAGAUCGCCUGCUGGCAGGUCUGUUCGAGAGUUCUGAGCAUAAAUAUAAACCCAGAGGGAAAGGCCGUUUAGACACUCCAAUGGCCAUAAAAGACAGUAACUGUUUUGAAGGUGUAGUCAGAUUUGAUGCAAAUGAAGAAAUUCCUAAUGAAGAGACUAUGAAAUAUCAGUAUAGAAGAUAUCAGGGGCAGGUCCCCCCAAAACAGGUAUCACGUAAGCCAGUACUUGAAAGUACUCUUACACAAGAGGAUAUAAAUUAUUUGUACAGUGAUGAAUUUUUUCAAGAGCUGAAGAAUGGACUAGAGAAAUACAAUACAAAGAGCAAUAUGGAUGGUGAAAAUGUCGAGGAACUUUGUAAGGUAGCUAGAGUCUACCUUAGUAAUGAACUACUACGAGAUCAUGGCAGUUAUCAACAACCUCCCAGGGAAGAGGUGCAGUGUUGUCCUAAUGAAGCAAAACAUGACACCUCACUAGAACAGUUAUCGGAAGAUAAAUUAAUGAUGAACAAAGAGCUUGUAGUAGAACAAACAAUAAGAAGACCAUGCAGCUCUCAGCCAGAGUCUUUCAAGACUUGCAGGAAAGAUGCUAUAGAAGAAAAAUUAGAUUUAAGUGCACCUGUAAAUGGCAGCUUGGGAGAGACGUGCACUGCACGUAGAAAUGAAACCUGCAAAAUGGGAAAUGAAAAAGGGAAGCAAGAAUGCGACAAGAAGGAUGAACAAUUGGACCACCUUCGACGUCGCUUGGAGGAGACGGAGAAGGCUAUGGAGCGCCUCAUGUGUCAGAUGGGCUCAGUGACAGACAAGCUGACAGCCGCUAAGAUCACCGAGGUUCUCUCCCAGGCACAAGCCCAGGCAAAGAUCCUCAAGAUAGGCCUGGACAGUGUCAUGGAGUCUGCUGCCGCAGCGGCUGCCACCACAAGCAAACCAAAGGAAGAGGUGGGUGAUGUAACAAGUGAAGAAGACUACAGCAGCGAAGCGCUGACAACGACGCUUAGUGAUGACACUUCUCUACCCACGUCCCUCCAGCGCCACCUGCAGGAGCUCCAGGUAGACCAGAUGUCUAGUUUCUCGGAGGUUUUGGUAGAUGGGGCUCCCUUGUUGGAGGCUGGGAGGGUGCAGGAGCCUCAUUUAAAGGCUCAUGUAGAUGACAACUCAACCUCCGAGGAAGAGGUUCUUGAGGAUGAGGAGGUUGUGCCUCGGGAGGUGAAAGUAGAUGUACCCCAACCCCCAACCACUGCUGUAGAUGUUGUUCUGCCUUCUGAAAAUGUAGAAAUAGAUAUAACACCCCUGAAAGCAGCGGUAGACAAUAUUAAAUCCCAAAUCCCAGUGGUAGAAGCUGUAGUGGAUGUAGAGGAUGGUACGAGUGACCAGGAGACUAAAUUACAUGAUCAGCCCCAAAUUAAAGUUUUAUCCCAGGAAAAUCAAGCCUUAUUUUCACCUGCUCACAAAGAGCUACCAGUAGAGGCUGGUGAGACCCAGGAGGAGGUGGCAGAAGAAAGCACCGAAGAACACCCUACACCAGAGGAAGAAGAAAAGAUUAAAGGAUUACCACAGGGAGAGACUAAAGGUGGAGUAUCACCUUCUGAAGAAGCAAAAAUGACGACUGAUGCCGAACUAGCAAGUGGAUCCUUAGAUAUUUCAGUACCUCACAAUGUUCAGGCAAAGGAUGCUCAACCUUUGGAAGUACAGACUACAGUGCAACAUCAACUGUCUCUAGAUUCUACACGAAAAGAAAAUGAGGCAGUGCCGAUAGACUCUGCUUCACCAGAGGUGGCUCAGCCUGUGCAACCAGAGCAGAAGAUUGAAAGAGAAGAAGUGAUUCAAGCACCCCAAGCUGUAGAUCAAAAGGAAGAAGUGAUUCAACCAUCCCAAGUUGCAGAUCAGAAGGAAGAGAUUCAACUAUCAAAAGUUGCAGAUCAGAAAGAAGAGAUUCAACCAUCCCAGGUUACAGAUCAGAAGGAAGAGAUUCAACCAUCCCAAGUUGCAGAACAGAAGGAAGAGAUUCAACCAUCCCAAGUUGCAGAUCAGAAGGAAGAGAUUCAACCAUCCCAAGUUGCAGAACAGAAGGAAGAGAUUCAACCAUCCCAAGUUGCAGAUCAGAAGGAAGAAGUAAUUCAAUCACCUCAAGCAGUAGAAAAAGAGAAAGGCACCAAAGCUAUUGCAUCAACACAGCCAGAACAGGUUUCUGAAUCACAACAAGGAAGUGAUGUGGCUCAACCUGUCCAGCCAUUGCAAGUUGCCAAACCAGAACCAAUACAUAUUAUUCAACCGACAGAACUAGUCACUGCAGUACCCCAGGAAAGUACUACUCCAACUGCAGCUGCUACACCUGAUUCCACUUCCUCUCCUAAGGCUGCUGUAGAUCAAGAGACUGGUACUCCACAUGUCAGUGCACUUAAAGAGGAAGGUCUUAGUAAGAAGCCUGUGGGUACAGUAGUAAAGGAAGUAACAUUUAAACUACCUUCAGAAUCUCCUCCAAGCAGUGAGACUGGGGCAGAAGAAGUUUCUUCAGAGACAACAGAGACUGGAGCUGAUAUUUCUGACUUUGUUUCAUUUGCUGAAGAAAAUCAACCUCUUCUUGAGGUCAACAGCAAGGAAUUAUCUCAAGAAGUUGCAGUUGAUACACAGGCACCUGUGGAAUGUCAGCCAAGUGGAGAUGUGGAUGAAGCGUCUGAGGCUGAAGUUAGAGGUCAGGGAACACAAACAUCGUUUGCUUUACCUCUUCCAACUCCUGUAGCUGAGAGCAAAGAACACAGUACACAAACUGAUGUAGAACAAGGGAUCACCGUUGUCGGUCUAAAUACUUCUUUCCGCCAUGACAAAGAUGGAGUGGAAACAAGAGCUGGGAGUUACGGCCCAGUUCAAUCCCAAAAGGUCACAGAAAUCUACCUUGAUGCACUGCUGCCUUCAGAGACUCAGCUCUUGGUAAAAGAUACUAAAGUGGUUGACUCAACACCAAUGCAGAAUGUGGAGAUUGAAGCUAGUGAGGCUGGAGCUGUUCCAUGUAUAGUAACCAGUCAUGUAAGUCUUGCAUUUUUAGGACUGGAGCAUCGUGAUGAAGCUGGGACUAGUUCAUCAAGCACUAUAACAUCUGCUAAGGAGAAGCAAAGCACUGAUAAACCAAAAGACACACCAGAACAAGUGGACAAAUGUGAUGAUUCAGUAAAGCAUAAAGACUUAGAUAUGAAAGCUUCAAAGGAAUCCAAAAUAGAGACAUUUACCGCACCUUUAUCUUCCCCAUUACCACCCUCCAUUAGCACUCUAACAUCAGAUCAGAUUAUCUCUUAUGAAGUGCAUCAUACACAUGAUGAAGCUAACAUAGAGAAGGGAAUAAGAUGUACCACAAAGGACAUUACUGAAGCAGUACCAGAAGCAAGCAUACACCACACUGUAACUGAUCCAGAUCAACAAACUAUGCCACCACGACCACAUAGCCCAGUACCACCUCGCUUACCUGAGGAAGACAGAGACAGCAAUAUUAAAUCAUUUACACAGACUCUGCUGUCACGAGAGCUCAUGGAAGCUGCCAGUGAAGGAACGCCACAUCCAAUUAGUCCCUCUUUGGAAGCCAUUGCAGAAGCAGUUGCAGCCUCCACCACCCGUGCUGCACUGGAGCUGUUAGCAGCAGCAACCACAGACACUUCUGAGCCCCACCAUGAGUCAAAGAUUGCAACCAGUCGUCCACCUGUACAAAUAGAGGAGGUUCGGUCAGAACAGUCUCCAGUAUCCACAGACGAGUCCUCCACAGCCACCACAGUAGUAGCGAUUAGUGAUGUAGAAGAUUUAGUAACUUCUGACCCACAUACACAGAGUGCAACAGAAACAAUAUUACCUGAUUCAUCCUUAAAAUCAUCCACAGUACCUGUUCAAACCCUCACUUGCACACCUUCAGACUCUCCAGUUUCCACACCAACAGACCAGAUAGUGCAAGAAAGUGUCGAAGCUGCCCUUGCCGAGGCAGUGCAAGAAGAUGUUGCUAGCACUACUGAGAAACCUGCAGUGCAGCAAGAAGCCACCAGCCACAAGAGUGCUGGAGCCACUACAGUCAGCCCAAAUGUAGUGGUGAGCGACAUCCUUAAGAGAGAGAAGCAGCUCACAUCUAUCGAGAAAAAUCACACACCCGCCGGUGCAGCCAAGCAGAACGAGGAUAGUCCGACAUCGAGCAAAGGCUCAAGCCCCGACAUGGACGAGUACGAGGUCAUAGUUAAAGAUGAAGAUCCUGCGCGUACCAUCACGGAAGAAAAGGUGACUGUCAAGGUGCCUUCUACAGCCAAGGGCGAGGCUACCAAACUACGAGGUCAAGAAGCUGAAAGCAAUGAAGAAGAAGAAGAAGAAGAAGAGGAGGAGGAGGAGGAGGAGGAAGAGGAAGAAGAAGAAGAGGAGGAGGAAGAAGAAGAAGAAGAAGAAGAAGAAGAAGAAGAAGAAGAAGAGGAAGUAGAAGUAGUAAAAGUUGAACAGAAGGAAGUGGAAAAACAUAAAGAAAAGAAAGAGGAAGUGAAAAAUGUGCAAGUGAAAAAGGCUGUAGAGGAAGAAGAGGAGGAGGAGGAGGAGGAGGAGGAAGAAGAAGAGGAAGAGGCAGAGGAGGAAGAGGCAGAGGAGGAAGAGGAAGAGGAGGAAGCAGAGGAGGAGGAAGAAGAAGAGGAGGAGGAGGAGGAAGAGGAGGAGGAGGAGAUACAAAAACACAGUGUACCUACCCGACAGCCACCACCAGUGACCAAGACUCCCCAACAGCCUUCAGUAACAGCCACAACUCUCACAGACAGUACAGCCAAAAGUGUCAAAGAAACAGCCACACCGGACACAAAAGAUAACACCGAACAAUUGCAUCCGAAAACCGAGUGAAAUCGUUUUUUGCUAAAAAGAAGGCUAGUGGCGAAAUUUGUACAGAUGAACAUCAUAUAGGAAGUUACCUAUUUUGGAUGUCAUGAACUGUAUGUCCAUUAACCAUGUCCAGUUUAGAUUUAAAGCAAAUGCUAAUAUGCAUUAGAUAUACAGGUGCUCCUUGACUUACGAUGGGGUUACGUUCCGACGAACUCAGCAUAAGUUGAAAAUGUCAUAAGUUGAAUAUGAAUACAGUAUGCUGAAUAAAUAAGUAAAUAAUGUUACUGAAUAAGUAAAUAAACAAAUAAUUACUGUAACUAACUAAAUACCAGUAUUGAAUAGCAAAUAAAUGAAUAAAAGUUAUGGACUUACUACCUUUAUGCUCGGUAAUUAUCUUAAAUUUCACCUCCAAAGUAAUUGCUUUUGUACCAUCAUAAAGUUGAGCCAUUGUAAGUCAAGCAGCACCUGUAAUGGCUUCUUGGAGCAAAUAUUGCUACAGUGAUCCUCUCUAGUCUCCGACCAUAAAUGACUAUUGCACUGAAAAUCAAAGCAGGAACUGGGUCUGUUCAAGAAGGAGAUGAUUGCAGUUGUGAUCCUCAGUGUACCUGGUCAAGCACAUGUACGGUACGAGGUAACUUACCCACCAAACGAAGGCUUCACUAUGGCAAGAGAAACCUCAUGUUUGUUAUGCCCACAAUGUAUAUAAUUCUGUGAUAAUAAGUGUCGGCUUAAAUAACAAGGAUAACUUUUCACCUGGUGAGUUGUGAAUUGGUUCAUUGACAGUAUUUAUAAUAAAUAUUUGCAUAUGCCAGAUGUGUCUAAAGUGAAAUUAAGUAAAUUUAAAAGAAAUUUAAACUAUAGAUAUUGAAAUUCUAGUCUAGCAGGAGAACAAGGAAGGUGAACGAACACAAUACACAAAUGUAAAUAUUGUUUUGAAAAAUUAUUAAAAUGUAUAAGUGAUACAUAGGUUAAAAUAUUAUGAAUUAUAUUUUAUUUUUUGUCUUUAAACUGUUGCAGUUUUUUAUUUCAGAAGUUUUGUAUAACAUUAGAAAUAUCAGUUGUGCAAUUAAUUGUUCAGAAAUACAGUGUGUCCACAAAAUCCUUUUCCAAUUUUCAAUGUUUCUUGGAAUAAAAUGGUAACACGAAAAUGCAGUUUUCUGCAUGUGUUGGUUGUUGCCUCACACACAGAGCAUCUGUGGUUCAGUCCCUGACCAGGUGGAAAUGUUGGGCAUAUUUCCUUACACCUGUUGUCUCUAUACACUUAGCAGUAAGUAGGUACCUGGGUAUUAGUUGACUCUUGUGGAUGGCAUCCUGGGGGACAAGAUUGAAGGACCACAAUGGAAAUAAAACAGACAGUCCUUAAUGACACACUCACUUUCUUGGGUUAUCAUUGGUGGAUAACUCUCCCUUCUAGGUUAAAAACAUGAACAUAUUUUAUCAUGUCUAAUCUAUGUAACCUCAACAUGCUCAUGUCAAGUGCUCCAUUAUGCAAUUAGUCGAUACCCCAGUUUAUACCAUGUAUUGGCCAACAUGUCGAUUCUGACUUAUCUGCUGUCAUUAUUUAUUAUACUGCAAUGUUUUAAUGUCAGCUAUUGGUAUGCAAAAAGCAUAAUCCUUCACAAAACCCUAAAGAUGUGAUGUAAAGCCCAUGCUUGGGCUUUCGUGCCAAGUUAACCUGUCGAAAACUUUGUCACGAUAACCAUACUGUUGUGUGACCCGAAUAGGAUUAGUGCUUAAACUGAUUAUUUUGUUUUUUUACACUAUCAAGAGCAGAGACUUGCAUUUUUGUACCUUAUCAUAGUAUUGUAACAAAUUUUAAAAAUGAAUAAAGUCCUUUGUUGACACCCUGUAUGAUUAUAAAUAUUGAAGACCACUGAUGAGCUCACAAAAAAUAUUAGUUUAUUAUAUAUGGGUACUGUGUUUCUUUGUAACUGCAUUAUAAUCCUGGUUUAGCACUGUACUCUGGAUAUUUUAUUUUAUUUAACAUAUGUGGUAUACUGCAGAUAUUAUGUAUAAUGCGAGAGAUUAUGUGAGGCCGGAUGAUCGUGUCAAUCAAGAUGUCAAAUAAGAUUUUAGAGACUUAGAUUGGAAAGUUGCAGCCUCAUAAUGGUCAAACAGUGCCUGAGGAAUGUGUGGUAAUCAGGUUUAGUCCAAGGAAAUUGAGGGAAGCUCCAAUUCCAUGGAUUAAGAAGGUUCCACACCUGGCCCUGGAAGGGCCAGAGAGGAUGUCAGUGCUGUUGAUUCCUCUUAUAUAAGAUCUCACACUAUUGCUCACUAAUGUACUCACUAAAGCACUGGUACUCUCACAGAAUACUGCACUCAUAAUUAUCUGCUCUAUAUACUUUAUGAGCCAUACGAGUUGAGCGCAUUUUGUGAAAAUAAUAAAGCGCUUUAUUGUUAAUGAUGUUAGCAAAAUCUAAUCUAGUCUGAUAGAAAUUGUGACUGAAACACUCUGACUAUUUCUGCAUGAGUGCAUUGUGUUCAGUGUAUCUCUUUCAUUAACAGGCAAAGUGACUCAAUAAUAGACCAGGAUGGACCGAAACUCUUCUAAAAAAUGUGUUUUUUUUUUUAAUUGACCAUAUCAGCCAGAGCCAGGUUUAGGAAGGUCGCAAUUUUUUGUCAUAAGGUCCAGCAUCCCACUGAGUUAAAAUUAAUGGCAUCUGUUAAAUAAACAGUGAAACCUAUUGUAAUGUGUGUGUAUAAUUAUUAUUGAUAAUUAGACACAUGUACAACACUUGGGUAUCUUUAUUGUGGAUACAUUUUGCCACACAGUGGCUUCAUCAGUCCAAGACAAAGAAGAAUGGUGAAGAUCAGAAAGAGUUUGAGGUAAUCAGUCCCUUAGCCUAGAGUCAGUGUAAUCAAUUCAUGAGUCUUUCAGUCUUUCAAGAUUGACUUCAGGCUGAGGGACCAAUUACUUCAAACUCCUUCUGAUCUUCACCAUUCUUCUUUGUAUUGGACUGAUGAAGCUACUGUGUGGCAAAACAUUUCCACAAUAAAGAUGUCCGAGUGUAGAAUAUGUGUGUAAUUGAUCAACUUGUCAGUUCUUUGAACUGUUUAUCUACAUAAUUAUUAUUACAGCACUGAAUGCAUGGUGAAUCUGUAUAUAAUAAUAUUAACAAUGUUAAUGUUACUUCAUGGCAAAUUUUACAAAUCAGUCAGGUUUGACAGUAUAUCAAGAACACUGCUUAAUUCCUAUUAAUUAAAAAAUGCUCAAAAAUUCAUGUAUCAUUAUAAUUUAGACAAAUAUCAGAACAUUUGACAAAUAUUUUUGCUGCAUUUAGCCGACUGUAUGCAAACAUGAGGAGAUAUACGUCUUAAUUUCAGAGCAUCUGAAGCUUUUAAUCAAGGUUAAGUACCAGUUAGCAUCUCUUCCAUUAGCUAUUAAUAAAAUACAGUUUGUGAUGGACGAAGGUUUCCAUAAUAGUUAUCAUAUGUCAGCCUUGAUUACAACCCAUACUUCUAAGAUAACACGUCUUUUACUGUUACUCAAGUCAGUCGGUAAAGUGACUGUCACACUCAAAAUGCGAUUGCCAGGUUUUUGCUAUUGUGCUUCCUUGGUCCUCAUGGUGGGUCCCCAUUUUAUAUUUAGUCAUGACAACAUACUUGGAGUCUACCUGGAGUGUACCUGGAGGGUGUUCCGGGUUCAAAGCCCUUGCAGCCCUGUCCUUGACCAGGCCUCGUCACAUCUUUGUGUGUUAUUACAUUUAUUGACAUAUCAUAAUUGGUUAAAUAACAUUUACCUAACGUAAACAGCAUAUGUGGAAAACCUGGCUGCUUGAGCAUAUAAAAUACCAUAAAAACUAUUGUUGGUGUUGGAAGGAGACGUUGAUACAGAACCUUAUACAGUGGUACCUCGAAUUACGAACUUAAUUCGUUUCUGGAAGCUAGUUGAGUGCCAGUACCGAACGAAUUUGUUCCCAUAAGGAAUAAUGUAAAUUAGAUUAAUCCGUUUCAGACCCCCAAAAAUACACUUACAAAAGCACUUACAAAAAAUACACUUACAUAAUUGUUUGAGUUGGGAGGUGUUUGAAACUCAAGGUACCACUGUAUAUAUAAAACUGACAUGUACAUAAUCACUCAAUGGUUACAAUGCUGAGUUAACUUGUUGAAAAUUGUAUAGUAAUUGUAGUUGAGUACCGUUUCCUCUGGCCAUAGUUUACACAGCCGAGCCUGUCCACAGGCAAUUUAUAAAUACAGUACUUACUAUGUUAUACUGUAUACAUGCACACAGUAAUGCAGUAUAAUCGCAAACAGGCGAUCUUAACAGUGCAGAACAAGCCACAUUGAGGAGUUAAGCAUUUCCACCCAGUGUGUCUUGCCCUGCAUGUAUACAGUCACUAUAAUUUUUGCAUUUAACCUUUUUAGCAGCACUGACAGAUUAAUUUCAGGUUUUUAUCACCAUAUUUGCUACUUUUUGUAACCCACAAUAUACAGUGUAUUCACAUAUUAAUUUUCUUAUAAUACCUAAAGCAUAUUUUCUGGUUAAGUCUGUCAAAGUUCCUUAAUUUGUGUAUGUUCGUCCUCGACACAAAUGUCGUUGUAGCUACUUUAGUGGAGAAGUGAAGUGCGCAAGAGAGUAUUAGCAUUUUUUUUAUGUUAUGAAUAAUAUAAUUAAUGGAGUGUUAUGGGUUUUAUGCAGAAUGCACGUUUGUAUGAUUUUUUUGGGGAAAAGCAAAACUGACUUUAUAGGAUUUUCUGUCAAAGAAGAACUCCCUCUGAAAGACUAGUGAGUCUUAAGGUGAAAACUGAAAGCCAGCCAUAUCGUAUUCACUGGCAAAUUCAACAGUGUUAAAAAAAAGCCCUGUGACAUAAACAAUAGACUUUUUUCUACCAGGUUUGACAAUUGAUAUGAAAAAUUUCAAACUUAUUCAAUGUUACAUAGAAUUAAACUGGAUAAUCUUAUAUUGCUCAAUUUUUUUUAAUACAGUAAUAUAGUACCAUACACUUAUAAAAACAAAUAAGUUAAAACAAAAUGUAGAUAUAGCUUGGAGAAUCCCGGGUAACUCAGUGACGUAUUUAUUUUCCACGUAGCUUCCAUUUAUUUCCAAAAUAGUAUUUUAUUAAAUGUUUAUACACUCUGAAUUUAUCCCUAAUAGAGCGGUAUGACUCGUUUUCAUCAUUGCCAAUAAUUGUAGUGGCUUAUUGACUUUCGUUAUUCGUGUUUGUAAUCCGAUUGCACCAUGAAAUGAUCCCUAACUUUAACCUGUUUUCACAUAAAACAUAUUGUUUGUCAUCAGGUUUUUUCUGAUACCAUAUGUGAGGCUUGUAGUAAGAGUGAGUCCUGUAGAGCACAAGGAGCGGAGACACAAUAAUUGGUUGGUUUUGGUUUAGUGUGCAGUAGUAACACAAACAAUAUUACUAGUCACUUACUAUCUAGUCCAAGAGUAUCUGGUCAGUAACUGUUCAUGUGUUUACACAGAAAGAUUUGUGAAUCUGUACGUAUUAAGUUAAUAAAAUAUAUCAUGCC